AUGACAAAAGUUGCAUUUACAACAGAUGUCGGAGGCGUCGUUAGCGAUGAUGACGACAAGGACUACGAAAACGAUGAUUUUGAGGAGGAGCCCGCCAAGAUACCUAACCACGAUGAGGUGCUUUUUGCCUUUGAGAGCAUCACGAAUGAGGCUCGGAAUAUGAAGUUGAACCUGGGCAGGAAAGAAAAUCGGGAGAGCUUCUUACAAACAUAUGGUCAAUUUCUCUCAAAGUCGACAAAAGACUCAAACCAGACACUCCUUCAUAUGAUUGCAAACACGGUGGGACACAAAUCGUUGACUCGCUGUGUCAUCAAGUUCGACAAGACCUUGCUGUACCGCGUGGACGAUUCAAGCAAGACUCCUCUGCAUAUCGCUAUCGCCAAAAAGAACCAUACGUUCAUCGAAAUGGUCCUGGAUGAGAAGAAAUCGAGGGAUGACCUUGAUUCACUGCUCCGCAUUACUUGUGAGCACAGGAGAAACUGCAUACAUACGGCCAUCUAUCACAACCUUCAGCACCAGCUUACCAUAAAGUUGAUUAAACGAGCAUCCGAAGAGACACUUCGCGCCCCAGAUCAAAGCGGCUUGACACCCUUGCACCUGGCAGUCGACUACAAAUAUGCAUCAGAAGCACAAUUAAAGAUUGUUGUGGCGCUUCUUGCUCACGGAGACAGUGCCUUGGAUAAGUAUACCAAAGAACCUCAAAACCUAUCCGUCUAUGAAUACCAAGACCAUACACAGCGUCUCUGGCGGAAACAAUUCGAGGUGCCAGCUUCCGCUCGUAUUGGGGAGAGAAAGCAAGUUGAAUCCAGAGAGGACCAAGGCCAAGACGGUGAACACGCUGGAUCCAGGCCCAAAGGAGGGUUGGAGCAUGUUAGUGGGAGAAGUCGCAUCUCUCAACAGCCAGGCAAAGACGGCCACGGAGGGCUACAUCGAGGGCCUGAUAAUUUUCAUGCACGAGGAUCAGAGCAGACAGAUGUAUCCUCUUCAAUCCACACUUCAAACGCAAAUGGACUCCAUGGAGCUGAGAACGGAAGAACGCCGGUAGAGGCACCCGAAGGCUUCAAGCCUAUACAGAGAAGACAAACGGGUAUGGAGAACGUUGAAAAGCAGGCCCAGGAAGAGAAGCGCAAGAGCGAAUACGCAGAGAAGAUCCGCCAGGCAGUCAAGCUGCAUUAUCUCCGGACUACUCUGACGAUCAAUUCGAAGCCUGCCAGCAGAGACCAGCUCAAAGCUGUGAAGUUUCUUCAUGGCGCGAAUCUCAAUAACAUUAACUUAUGCUUCGACUACUCGGAGGCACCACCCGAGAUCUACGAGGAUUCUUUCAAACAGAGUUAUGACCAUAUCAACUUUGACCAAGUUCUACGCUAUGUUUCGUUCCGAAGAAUAGAGCUUCAGAAACCUCCUGUAUCAGCUGUAAAAGCAAGGCUAACUAGGAAUCGGACGCAGACGUCAAACAAAGGACGCGGUAGGGGUGAUCUCACUGUUUUCUUCAACUGGCUCAAGGGGAAGGGGGUCAAACACAUCCUUAAGGUGAUGGUGGAUGACCUGAAAGAUCCAUCACAUAGCGACAAGGCACUCGAGGAUUGUCUUCGACCUUUUGAGGUGGAGAUCCUUGACUGGACCAAGGUUGACUUGUGUCCAGAGACAAUCCUGACUGCUUGUCGGAAUGUGAGACAGCUCUAUUUGCGAUGGAGUGGUAACAGGGCCAUUUUGAGAGCUUGGAGUGAGCCUGAAGGGCUGGCGAAGCUAGAAAAGCUAGAGGCGGUACAUCUGGUAUACAGUGAAGAGCAGGCAUUGGAGUCGGCCGAUCGCAUCACUAUGUACGCAAAUGAUUUCGAGGAGCGGUUGAACGAAUCAGCAGCUGCAAACCCUAAAAGGACUCUUUCAAAUGACGAAGACGAUACUGGGGGAGUAAGACGUAUACUCGUCUUUAGAUGCAAAGCAGAUGUCCCAGGAAGUGAACGCAUCGUCCGAGAAGGGGCAUUUGCAAAAGCUCAAAGCGGCAUCAAUGAGAUGAGUCUACAGUCUAACAGAUGGUUGAACUGUAUGGACAAGUUUGCAGAUGAAUUACAGAAUACGUGCUCUGAGUUUGUCAAGCCUCAGAAUGGCAUCAAGGUCGCCCUCAUCGACGAUGGCGCUGAUCCCUAUGUUGAGUCUCUUCGUGGUAAAAUCUGGGGUGGAGAAACGUUCAGCAGAGGUUUCCCGCACGAAAAUGGACCAAGCCCUUACUAUAGGUCUACGAAGGGCCAUGGAACUGUUAUGGCGGAUAUGAUUUGCAGGCUUGAGACGCACACAAGUCUCAACUUGGCGACACAGACCCAUGGGAAGGAAUACAUCGCUGCUGAAAGCGCGGCUCUGGCUGUAAGGGCAGCGAUAGAUCAGAAGGUGGACAUCAUCUCAAUGUCCUGGACGGUCAAAGAAACAGUCGAGAACCGCGAUGGCGUCAAUACUUUCCGCCAAGCUAUCAAGGAUGCCCUUGACGCCGGUAUCCUCCUCUUCUGCGCCGCCGCCGACACCGGGGCCAUCGCAGAAGUCGAAUAUCCAUGGUCUUUCGACCAGCGGCGCAUCUUCCGCAUCGGCGCAGCCACUGCAGACGGCCGCGUAUGGGGUCCAACAGGCAACCCGCAGAGCCUAAGUUUUAUCUUACCUGGCCACAAGGUAGUAUCGCGAAAUCCACACCGAGAGGGGGCGUUACCAGAUGACUUUGAAGAACGCACCGGCUCAUCUGUGGCUACGGCUUUGGCAGCUGGUCUAGCAGCACUUAUAUUACACUGCGUCAACCUUGCUGUUGUUUAUGGUAAGGAACAUCCGUCCACUACAGCUGUUAGCGCCGAGGAUCUGGAGCGGCUUGCGAAUCACGAUGAUAUGUAUAAUGUACUUCGUGGUAUUGGGCUGGAUGAGGGGCAGCAGCGGUUUAUUGAGGUUUGGCGACGGUUUGAUCGCCCAGCGAAGGAACUGAAGGAGCCGAUGAGCGACAAGAUGGAUGCACUUGGGAUUGUGGCUAGACUGGCUCGAGAUCUUGUUCCUAGUGGGAGUAGCUAG